AUGAAUAAAUAUGAAAAGAUUAGAGAUAUAGGAAAAGGAAAUUAUGGAAAUACAAUACUUGUUAGAGAUCGAAAAAAUGACCAUUAUGUAAUGAAAAUAAUAAACAUUUCACAAAUGUCUCAAAAAGAAAAGAGGCAAUGUUUAAAAGAAGUUGAAUUAUUAUCCAAAUUAAAUCAUCCUUUUAUUGUAAAAUAUAUUGAAAGUUAUAUUGAAGGGGAUACACUUAGAAUAGUUAUGAAGCACUGUAAAGGAGGUGAUUUAUAUCAUUACAUCCAAAAUAAAAAGAAACAAAAUACGCCUAUAAAAGAAAAACGUAUACUCAUCUGGCUAACUCAAAUAUUAACUGCUCUUAAAUUUCUUCACUCAAAUCAUAUUCUUCAUAGAGAUAUGAAGUCUCUAAACAUUUUAAUAGAUAGCGAUAAAAGAGUUAGACUGUGCGAUUUCGGAAUAUCUAAAGUUCUAGAAAAUACUUUAGAUUAUGCUAAUACCUUAAUAGGUACUCCUUAUUAUUUAAGUCCAGAAUUAUGUAAAGAUAAAAAAUAUAGUUGGCCUUCAGAUGUAUGGGCAACUGGUUGUCUAAUAUAUGAACUAGCCACUUUUAGAACCCCUUUCCAUUCAACCAAAGGAAUACAACAAUUAUGUUAUAAUAUUAGAUAUGCUCCAAUACCUGAUUUACCAAAUAUCUAUUCAAAAGAACUUAAUAACAUUUAUAAGAGCAUGUUAAUACGAGAACCAAGUUACAGAGCAACCGUACAACAAUUGCUAGUUUCUGACAUUGUGCAGAGACAACUAAAAUUAUUGAUUGAAGAAAAAAUCAGAGAAAAGCAAAGUAUGAAAAAACCUUUAAAAGAAAAGCCAGCUAUUGAAAAUGAAAAUUCAGGAGCCAACGAACAAGAAGUAAAAACAUUACUUCUGGAUGUUGUUGAUACUUAA